UGGUGGUAUUAAGAGUAAAAAUAAGUAAAGAAAUGGAGCCCCCGCCAUUGCUAGGGCUUUGGUUCCAUGCCAGAUCUCUCUUCAUCCAACGACGAAGAACAUAGCAAUGUCGUUGAAGCCUUCGGAUUUGGACUCUUCAGCUUUUGAUGCGCAAUCUUCGUCCAAUCCGAUUCCCUCGGAUGCUACUCCGGUUCCCUUGGAUCCCCCCUCCACCUCCUCCACCCUCUCUGAAUCUGAAGAAAAUCACUGCUCAUCGUCCUCACCUUCCUCCACACCACCUCCGGUUCAUUUACCUCUCUCUUGGCCUCCCGAUGCCACUCUUUCCCUUCAAUGGAUUCAGCAUCUCAUCGCCGCUUUCGAUUGGUCUUCCAAAAAUUUAUCUCCAUCCGAGUUUCCUUCUGUUCUUCCCGUCUCUGUUUUCGACACUCUAAUCCUCACAGCUUCCAAAAUCCUCCACAAAGAACCCAAUUGCCUCAGAAUCCUCGACGACUCAGUCGCCAGCAGCGACUCGACUGUAGUCGUUGUCGGAGACAUCCACGGGCAAUUUCAUGAUCUCAUCUUUCUUCUGCAGGAUGCUGGGUUUCCUUCUGAUAAUCGUUUCUUUGUCUUCAAUGGUGAUUACGUCGACAGAGGGGCUUGGGGUCUUGAAACUUUUAUUCUCUUAUUGGCUUGGAAGGUGUUUAUGCCACAUCGAGUAUUUCUUCUUCGUGGAAACCACGAGUCCAAGUACUGCACAUCCGUUUAUGGUUUUGAGAAGGAGGUUCUAACCAAGUACGGAGACAAAGGUAAGCAUGUCUAUCGGAAGUGUUUGGGGUGUUUCGAAGGGCUGCCUUUGGCCUCCAUUAUAGCUGGACGUGUAUUUACGGCUCAUGGAGGACUUUUCCGCAGCAUAUCAGUUCCUUCAUCUAAAAGAUCAAAAGGGAAGAAAAAUCGUAGGAUAAUCUUAAAUCCUGAAGCCAACGGGUUAUCUCUUGGUUCAUUAGAGGAACUAUCCAAAGCCAGAAGAUCGGUUCUUGAUCCCCCAUGGGAAGGCUUGAAUUUAAUACCUGGUGAUGUGUUGUGGUCUGAUCCCUCGAUGACUCCCGGGCUCUCCCCAAAUAGAGAGAGAGGCAUAGGUCUCUUGUGGGGUCCUGAUUGCACUGAAGAAUUCUUGAAAAAAUUCGAUCUGAAGCUAAUUAUCAGAUCCCAUGAAGGUCCUGAUGCUAGAGAAAAGAGACCCGGUCUUGGAGGAAUGGAUCAGGGUUACACGAUAGAUCAUGUUGUAGAUUCUGGGAAAUUGAUUACUUUGUUUAGUGCUCCAGACUAUCCACAAUUUCAGGCUACUGGGAAGAGGUACAAAAAUAAAGGUGCAUAUAUUGUUCUAGAACCUCCGAAUUUUGAUGUUCCACUCAUUCAUAGUUUUGAAGCCAUUACUCCACGACCGAAGGUCAAUGCGUACUAUGAUUUUGAGGAUGUAAUUGACUCUGACGAAGAAUUAGAUUUGGCAACAAUGACAACUGAUUCAUGAAUGCAAGUUGUGUGUAGUUUAUGAAAUCAUUAAAUUUGUAUUAUAUACACUAAGUUGCAGGAGGAAGCAUCCUAUUCUGGUUUAUGGUAAUCUGACAGUUGAUUUCAUUCAAGUGUCGUAAAAUCUAUAUACAUUUGUAUUUAAAUUAUAUGAAUUACAUGUGUUAGUUCACUUGAAAAU